AUGAGUGAGCACCACGACGUUGAGAAUGCUGUGGACAAUGAGCGCUCUGUGGACCGCCGGAUCUCGAAUUCCCGCUCGCUUCCAAGUCUGCCGUCCAACCUAGAUCAGUCAAACAGCGGCCAGAUGUCUAAUGCGACGUCAUCAUCCCAGCUGACCAGCUCGGACAAGCUUUCUGCUCUUCCAGUGAGAUCCUCGCCCGCUGUCGGGCGGUUCCGCAGCCCAAGCCGCGUGCGGAGGAGUCUAGAAGGCUCGAGUUCCGUUAUGUCUUUUAGUGAUUCGCCCCGUCCUGUCCAAGGAGGCACUCUGCCGCUGCCACCAAGCGCAUCUGGUAACGUAGAACGCGCAUAUAGUCCUGAUGGAUCGACCGGAAGAGAGACGCCUCGCCAGCAGCGCGUCUCUUUCGAGAGCGACCGCGUUUCAUUGCCAACCCUCCGCAGCUUCAGACAAGCCGUUUCGCCUCGCUUGAUUCAGGGCGGCGACCCUAAUGCAUCAGCGACUGGGCCGGCUAACCGCUCUGGUUCUCGCCCGCGCAAGGAUAGUGCGGAGUCGCGCUCUCGCUCUCAUUCGCGCCCGGCUUCGCCUCUUCGUUUCCUGCCUUGGCCAAGCAUCCACCGUGGCCAGUCGAGGGAAGAGCCUUUCGUGCCCGUCGAUCCUUUCAAGCUUCGGUUACAUCUUGCUCAUGCUGUGCACCACAAUAAUGCUACUGACAACGACUCUGAAUACGCGUGCAACUGCGAGGAUACUGUCGCCUUCUGCUUACCUUGUCCUUGUUCAACCACUGCUCAUCCUAACUCUAAAAUCAGCAUGUAUUUCGCCACUUUCAAUUUCUUCGUCCUAGAUACUUUACCCCGCGUCGUUUACCUCUAUCUCCUCUUACGACUUCCUAGCCUUUACUUCUCUCGCGUUGCUCGCAUAUUCGAAGACGCGGAGCUUAGUCGGCCGGACGUUCAGAGGAUGAUAGAGGCUUGCGGCUUCAGAGAGUCUGGAUUUCGGGAAAGUGCUCCAAUCGCUGCGGCCCAGGGUGACGGUGCCACGAGCCUGCGCGGGGGUGGGGGUGGCGCUGCCAGGUCGAAUGCGGAGCCCAUUUUGCCGCCCUACCCGGAGCAAUGGAACGCUCCCGCCGUUUCCCCCGCACUCAUUCAAUUCAGACGCACAUGGGAAGAAUUCAUCGAGAGCUUGUUGAAAGAGUGGAAGACUCUCAACGUCGUGUCGGCGCUUCUUCUGACAGCUAUCCUCACCAUGUUUCAGAUACCCAGCGCUGCUGCUGAUCCGCUGACACGGACGGCGGCUCUGGUUUCUCUCGUGUGCGCUCUCAUGAGCCUAUCCUAUGGAUGCAUAUUCAUCAUACGCUUUGGGACGAUGCGGAGCAUGUAUCGUGCGUCAAGGUGGGCGGAGGAAGCUCAACGGAGCAAGACCUCGAUUUGGUGGAAUGUGUGGGUUAUGCUCGCCAUGCCCGCUGUUUGGCUGACCUGGUCAAUGAUCACCUUCGUGACAUCCAUACUAUCGUUCGUAUGGCGGACGGGUGACUCAUCCAAUCCUGAUACGCGCAAGGCGCUCUCACCCAUUCAUGAGCUUGGUCCUCGCGUCCUUAUCACAUGCCUCACUCUGCUGGGUCUGCUAUACUUUUGGAAGAUCGUUGGUACGUUCAGGAGAUACGGAUCUAGCGGCCAAAGAAAGGCCACCGACGGAUUAUGGUCGGAGGCGCCAGGCGUAAGGACACAGACGCGAGGCGGAGAUGGUGACGAGAGAAGACGGAGAGCUGUCGGGCCCGAGUCCGAUCGACAACGUGAGGCUGCUGUGCGAGGGAGGGAGAGGCAAAGGCCUGCGACUGGGUUAGGUCUCGACCUCGGGUUGGCGGGGAUGAUUGGAGAGAAGGGCAACGGUGAAAUUGUAAAUGGUGUCGUGCGAGACGGCGACGAGGAGAAGAACGAGGUACGGGAGUUUGUGCAGCCUGCUGGCUCGCGUCCUGCCUCACCAGGGAUGUAA